GGUUGAGCAAUCGUUCUUGAUUACACCGGUGUGACGGAUAUAAAAAGGAUGUCGGAUGUUCAAAUCGAACCACUCAUUGCUGUAGUGUAGCGACUGUAUAGGCGAGUGCCGCAAGCAGUAUGAAGAACAAAGUGUCCAUCAACUCGAUCAUCUCGAUUAUUGAGAUGAACGUAAAGUUCUAUCGGUUGGUCGGUUUGGCACCGUUCGAACUUAACACGAAUCGGGUACGGCUAUCGAAACCAUUCUGCUGUGCGGUUGGCGGGUUCGUAACACUUUACUGGACGGCGAUGGUAUCGUCGAUCGCGACCAGCAAUCAUGCGAACGAUCGGAUCUCGCGCAUCUCCAACUACUUUCAACUAAUUACCAACGCGAUCAUGCUGACGGCGAUCCUUCUCACGCCGGCAUUUAGAUUGCGCAAUUUUGCCGAAGUUACUCGCGCUUUGCGUAAGCUGGAGCUUGAUCUGCAGAAGAAUUCCAUCGGAAGUAACUUUCGCCGAAUGGCACGGUGGAACACUGGGAUCAUUUUGGGAACGCUAGGUGUGUUGCUGCUGGUGACCGGGUUUGAUUGUUACGUGACGGUAUUUCGUGGAUCUAUCCGGGUGGAUUAUUGGAUCAUCACGAUCCUGCCCCAGUUUGUAAACGUGAUCGCCGUCACGCAGGUCAUUCUGUUGCUGCUGUACAUUAAUGGACGGUUCCGGAUGCUUAAUCAACUGCUAGAGGAAGAACAAUAUCCAGCGGUGGGAAGGUCGGGAUAUGAGAACUCGAGCCGACUUAACGUGGCGAGGGCGAACGAUACGAAAAAGAUGGUCCUGCAUGUGAUCGAAGUACAUGGUUGUGGGAUGGAUGGAGCAGCGCUGAAGCAUCUGCAGCUUGCGAAGGUUCUGUAUCGGUACAAUGAUCUGUACGACAUCUGUAAAAUGCUGGAUCGUUACUUCGGCUUACUGUUUCUGCUGACAUUCACGUCGAUCUUCAUUGUGACGACGAUACAACUGUACUAUAGCUAUACCAUACUUUACUGGUUUACGGGUGAGAAUGGAUUUACCAUCUGGUCGCUGAUGGUGUGCCUCAACACGAUCUCGAUCAAUCUCGGAGUGCUGCUAACGAUCGUACUGUUGUGUGAGAAGAUUUCGAACAAAACCAAGCACGCGAACGAUCUGUUGGCUGAUUUGCAGCUGCGUGGUUCACGUCAUCUAUCUUCGGAGGAAGUCAUUAAGCUGACGAUACCAUUUCAAGCACCGAACAAGGUGUUUAAGUUCUCAGCGAUGGGAUUUUUCCAGAUUAAUUGUAACAUGCUAUGUGGGGUAGGAUAUUUCGAUAUCGGUUUGUUGUGUAAUAUUGCUAACCUGGUGUCUCUUUUCCCGUACGCAGAUGAUUGGGGCAAUCACGACGUAUUUGGUAAUCUACAUUCAAUUCUACAUCUUGUACGCGGAUGAGGUGAAAAAGUCAAUGUUUGUGUCUCGUUUUCAGAUUUGAAUUUCAGUGGUAUAGUAAAUUCGCCAUUUCUGGAAUGUUGAAUUUCAUUUUGUAGGCUGAAUGUGAAUUUUUUGAAAGUAAUAUUUAUUCUUCGUAUGGUGUACAAGUUUCAAUAAAUAAGAACUUGGUCCGAAAGCUACUUCUUCUAUUUUCAUGCCCUUGAUUGCUUUUAAAAACCGCUUAGUUAUGCAAUGGCCGUUGAAUACUUAGAGUGCGAUCCAAUUGCGUGAUAUGAGCAGGGUAAAAUAAACUAUUUGUUAAACAAAUGUUGUGUUUUGAGAUAGAAGCUAGUGUUCAUUAAGUGAAAAUCAAUGCAAGAACAGACAUGAUGAUUAUGGCCACGCUUUUUUUCGUUUUAUUUUUCAUUUCACUUUCGACAGACCAGCACAAUGCUGACUUCGGUGAUGGUACGUGAAUGGAUUUAAGCACCUCUGCCAAUUUAUCAUAGCGGAUCUAGUAACUAAAUUAGUAAGAAUAUGUUUCUCUUCACUUCAAAAUGUAUAUGGCCCAAUGGCAGACAUAUUGAAUUAGUUUAAUGGAGUUGAAUAUAAAGAGAACCUUACAAAUGCAACUCUAAAAAAUAAACAUCGCCGAAAUGUUGACUUCAAUGCGAUGUUUUACAAAUAAAUGAAGCAAACAAAACGAAAAAAUAAAACACGUUUCGUUUGAAGUGGAUAAAACAAUUGAAUGUUACAAAGUUUUGAUAAUUUUAAAUUCUUUAAUGAUAUUUACAUAACAAAAACUGUUCGCAAACUUCCGCGUCACGAAACGUCAUUAUAACUUCGAACCGCAUGUCCACGUGAUUGACCAGCAGUGCAGUAACCAACUGUCAAACAGCGAAAAAGUGCACACAUACGAAAAAAAAAAACAACAUUCGUUCUCCCUUCGCUGCGAUCUCGUGUGUACGGCAGUGUGCAGGAAUCGUGUGCGAUUGUUUUCUGUCUUUUGCUGCAUAGCCUAGAAAUUCCCUACCCGCUACAUCCGAAUCCCCACAAAGCAUAGUUAGAGCGAAUCUGGAGAAUCCAGAAAUCCCGUGCCCUUCCGUGUGUUGUUUGCGUGCGAACAAGAAGCUGUCCGUGGGAAAGUGCUACGUUGCGCCUUCGAAAAUUGUUUGCGAAGCUACCGUACAACCAUCAGCAACUUGUGACACCACUCCCGAGGAAUUGUUGUUUGCCCGUGCAGAAACAAUCGUUUUAUCGUACGAAAACGUUGCUGUGAGGAAAGGUUUCACGUUCAUUUCGGUGUGGAAAGCCAACCACACUGUUCGCGGUAGUAGAGUGUUUGAUACCACUAGAGCGCAGUUUGCCAUCGCAGUCUCACCCCCACUCACAAAUCAAGUGUCCUCAUUUUUCAGCCCCGAGUAAUUAUCGAUACGUCAACAACGGUGGACAAACGGUGAUUUCGCUCUGUUGGUUCACUGAAAGUUAAACUUCUCUGCCCGUGAUCUAAGGUGCGGUCUUCAUCGCCAUCUAACGUAACUCCCACGAACGCUAACAGCUGUCCGGUGCCAGCGGGAGUUCCCAGCCAUCGCAGCGCACCCAUCAAACGAAUCAUCAGUUUGCGAAGUCGGGCACACACAGUGGAGACGAUUCGUGCGUUGGUGGUGAACGUGCUUCGGAAACUGUAACCGGACCAACAAACAAACGAUUCAGCCGGGAAUCGUUAGCCUACAGCGGACGCCUUCCGGACGAUACAUUUAGGGCCUUACGUCGUGUGAUCAAUUGACUGGUCUCAUCAUCAUUUCGGACGCUAGGCGUAGGUUUUGCACGGUGUGCGGUCUCGCGUGCGAUUGAUUAUUGGCUAGCGUGUGUGCUUUGAGUUCGUGAUUGAAUUUUAUCGGCCUCGGCGCGGCGGAAUCAGAUCACGUAUCAAGGGGGG